AUGGUGGAUGAAAACUUUGUAAACCAAGUUGCCAAGGCUUUUGGCCCAUCUACGAAGCUUACCGAUGACGAGUAUGAGAAAUUAAAGUCACUCAUGCAAAUUUUCAACGUGGAUCUUGAUGACCUCUUUUUGGAAUGGGAGUCUUACAAUGUGGCGGAAGUGCAACAGGAUUUGGAGUUGAAUAUGUCAACAUUGACUCAAUUUCAUGAGUAUUUACAAAAAAAGUUAGCCAAUAACAAGUUGACUCCUAAGGGUGUUCAUGUUGUGAAGGAUGCUUCUGGGAGGAAACCAUUAUCUAAAAGAACAGUCAAUCAUAACAGUCCUGCCACUCCUCAUUCAAAGAGGACAAAGUUUGAUCUGUCGGAGCCAGACUUGUCAUCACCUGCUAAAUACGAAAGUGCAAAUAAUACGUUCACAACUUCCCCUAUCAAGCCAUCCAAGGAUUCACAUACUUUGUUGGAAACUUUAAACCCCGAAAUUGAAGUGAUAAAUGCAUUAGGUGCAGCACAUCCAUUCAAAUUGACGGCAAACUUUGACCCCACCAAAUUCAAGUUUCGUACCAUGCAAAUGAAGCUACUUGAAAGUGCUGACGUGUUGGACGACCAAAUAGAUAGUGCGGCACAAUUGUAUCAAGAACACAACAAGUCGAGCCAACAGUUUGGAAAUCCAUGUUUAAGUUCGCAAUUUGAUAUUUUGUGCUGUGGAAGGAUAGUGCCCGACUCUCCAACAUAUGACAACGAGACUUUAAACAGUAAUUCUUUAUUUUUGGAAACAUCAAGAUUAUCAGGUAUUGGUCAAAGAGUCCCACUUGACUUGAGCAAGUUGCCGGGAUUUUCGUUCUUCCCUGGGCAGAUUGUUGUUUUAAAGGGACGAAACCCGACGGGGAAGCAUUUUGUUGCCGAAGAAGUGAUGCCGUUGCCAGAGAUGGGAACUCCAGUGUCGAGUAGAUCAGAAUUGGAAGAGUAUAAUCAAUUUCAAAACGGACAAGGUCUCAAAAUUCUUGUUGCAUCUGGACCAUAUUCAAAUCUGAACAAACUUCAAUACACUAAAUUGGAAAACUUGGUUGAUAAAAUAAACACUCAAAUGUUACCUAAUUUGGUCAUUUUGAAUGGCCCUUUCAUCGACUUGUCCAACAAAGAGGUCGAGGAGGGUAACUUUAACUUCCCCAAAGACCAACAACCAAAAAACCUCGAUGACGUUUUUAGGUUAUUGAUAACCCCCAUUUUGAAAAAGAUUGAUACUAAGAUACAAGUUGUCUUGUUCCCAUCGUUGAAAGACAGCUGUGUCAACCAUUGUUCGUUCCCACAAGAUUCUUUUGAUAGAAAGAAAUUUAACUUGCCAAAAAAUGUCAAGAUUUUCCCCAACCCAUCGAGUUUUGCUGUCAACGAAAUUCUUAUUGGGUCUUCCAAUCUCGAUUUAUUCAAAGACUUGAAAGAAGUGUUUAAAAACGAUGGCAAACUUUCAAACAACAGAUUUGAGAGGGUGAUUGGUCACUUGUUUGAACAAAGGCGAUAUUAUCCGAUAAUGCCAGGGUCUAUAGCCAAAACCCACGAACAAGAUAUAUCAGAGCUAUCCAAUGGUGCCGCUGGGGAGAAGUUGACUGGAGUGAGUGUUGGUGGGUCUUCAUUAGAGACACCAUACUUGGGAUUAACUGAGUUGGGAAACUCAUUACCGGAUGUUUUAAUAUUGCCAUCGGAACUAAAAGUGUUUGCAAAAGUGGUUAAAGGUGUUGUCUUGAUCAAUCCCGGUCAGUUUAUCCGUCCCAGCAGGUCAAUUAAUACUGAAGAUGGAACGUAUGCUUUGAUGAGCAUAAAUGCACCAGACGUUAAUGCUCUAAACGGAAACAAUGUCCAGCAGGUCGAUGAUAAUCCAGACUUGUUUCACCAUAAUGUGUAUAAGCGUUGUAGAGUAGAUAUUUAUACAAGUUGA